AUUAAACCAGCGGUUGCUCAAAAUAGUACACUACGAAGGAGAUUAUGUUUCGUUUUUGGAAUGUAAAUUCAGGUUUUCAGCCUUCUUUCCUAGCAGUGAAUCAUGAGACUAUAGUUCGAUGAUAAGCAUGGAAACAGAAUUCACUUGUUCCAAUAAUAAUCAUCAUCGAUUGUUUAAAAAGGAUUCUUUAAAAGUAUAUUCUCAUUCAGUACCAUCUGAAACAGCAAAUGAUAAUCAUGAAUGCCCUAUACUGUUAACUACUGACCGUUCAUCCUCUAAUACAUCUCCCUUAUCACCAUCGAAUAAUAAUAAUAAUAAUAAUAAUCGAAACAGUAGUUCAAGUGAUUUGAAAUUCAUGGAUGAAAGUACUUCAUCUUCAUCCUCAUCAAUAUGCUGUGUUGAUGGUUUAACGUGUAAUGGCGGCGGCGGCGGCGACGGCAACGGGAGUAGUGGCAAUACUGCAUUAAUCUCUGAAUCUCAAAGUGACUUAACAGUUACUGUAACAUUAAGUGAAUCUGUCAAAUUCUCUUCAUCAUCUCAUGAUCAUGAUGUUAGCCGUCUUUCAUAUAAUGGUGGAUUGUCUAGUGGUGAAUCUUUUCAGCAUUCCCAAUCAGUAUUAAACAAGACUAAUUCAUUUUUUAUCCCAUCCAAAUCGAAUAAACCUGUUAGCAGUGUUGUACAAACAUCAAAAAUCGAUGCUUCAGUAACAUCAUCACAUUCUGUAUUAUCAUCUAGUGUAUUGUCAAGUUCUGCAAAAAGUCAAUUGAAUUCUUCAAAUCUUAAAUCACGUAUUCCCAUACCGUCUUCACUUAAUAUCAAUAAUACUUUUACUGAAAGUAGUCGGAGCUUGACAACGAAAACAAAUUCAACAAAAACACAUCCUAAUCAAGACUCUGAACAUGAUUCAACAGUGUCUGAUGUAUUGUUGAAUAAAAACCAUCCUCACAAUGAGCAUAUUUCUCCAUCUUCACCUGGAAAGACAACUGGAAAUGGUCAUAUCACUAAUGAUGAUGAUGAUGAUGGUAAUGUAGAUUAUGCUGACAACUAUGAUGUACCAGUUAAAAUGAAGUCUAAGAACACACAUCUUCCUCUUCCACCACUUUCAUCAAAUCGUCUAGAUUCUCAUAGAAUAACAAAAACAAAUACAUCGAUAUUACCGGUGGUUGUGGUGACGACGACGACGGCAACAACAACAACAACGAAUUUGUUCAAUGGCUUAGGUGAAAAUACCACUCCAGUUUGUAUGAAAUCACAUUUCAAUAACAUGCAUAAUACCAAUACUACUACUACUACUAAUAUUAAUAUAAAUAAUAAAGAGAAUUGCUUAAAAGAUCCUUUAACAACUAUCUCUUCAGAUUCUGAAUCAGAUAAUGAAUCAACAACAGAAUCAAUAUACCAUCAACCACCAAAAGCAGCUGAUCGUAAUGCAGCUUUUAGGCUAGCAAAAAGAUUAUUCCAUUUAGAUGGUUUUCGUAUUACAGAUGUUGCUAAACAUUUAUGCAAACGAAAUGAUUUCAGUCAACUUGUUGGAGAAGAGUUUGCCAGCUUCUUUGAUUUUACUAAUCAACGUUUAGAUGUGGCAUUGAGAUCAUUUUUAAAUAGCUUUUCAUUAACUGGUGAAUCACAAGAACGUGAACGUAUUCUCUUACACUUUUCACGACGUUUUCAUGUAUGUAAUCCUACUGUCUAUUCAUCUGAAGAUACAUGCCAUACUUUGAUUUGUGCACUCAUGUUACUCAAUACAGAUCUUCAUAGUCAAGGUAUUACAAAGAAAAUGUCCUGUCAAGAUUUUAUCAAUAAUUUAAGUCAAAUGAAUUGUGGAGAUAACUUUUGUAAAGAAGAUUUGAAAACUUUAUACAAUGCUAUUAAACAAGAACCAAUUCGUUGGCCUCAUCAAUCUGAUGGAAAUAUGAUGGGAUUUGUGAAUUUUUAUUAUCCUGGUCCUACAAAUCCUCUUAGUUCACCAGGUACUACUUCUACAGGUGGAUUUUUAACACCGACCAACUUUUAUGCUAAUCUACCACAGACACAUUUUAUGUUCAAUUCAUUACAAAAUAAUACAUAUCCAUCUGUUGUUUUACCAUCACAUUUAACUUGUCAAUCAAAUAGUGGUAUAAAUCCUGGAAUGAAUACAUUAACAACAUCAACAUCAUGUUUAACAACAUCUCAAUUACCUUUACAAUCUCAUAUCCCAACAAUACCAUCAUUCUAUUGGAAUACAAAUAAUCUAAAUUCAUUAGUAUAUGAUGGUCAUAUGAAUUCGAGUAUUACAUCAUUGAAUAAUUUUAAUCAAAUUAAUCCCAAUAUGAUAUCAAGUCUCUUAUCACAACCAUCUGUUGAACAACAACAACAACAGUUACAGUUGACUCAAGGAAAUCGUAAAUUGAAUGAAUCCUCUGGUCUAAGUCCUUAUCUUGAUUUGACGUCAGAAAUUGGUGCUAAAGAAUACAUGCGAGGUCUGUUGGCUCGUAAAUGGGUUAUGGAAUCGUAUAAAAAGAAAACAUCUGUUGGCCGACGUAGUUGGAAGUUGUAUUAUGCAAGACUACGUGAUCUUGUAUUAUAUCUGUAUAAAAAUGUGAAUGUGGCGAAUGCUGCAACACGUGCUGAAGAAUUGCAUAAUCUUCAUUAUCAUCACCAACAACAACAACAUCAAAAUUAUGUACAACAGUUACUCAUUCACCACCACCAACAACAACAGCAACAGCAGCAGCACUUUAUGAUACUUCAACAACAACAACAGCAGCAACAUCAACAGUAUCAUUUACAAAAACAUGCUAAUACGGAGGAGGAGGAAGAAGAAGAAGAGGAAAACGAUGACGAAGAAGAAGAAGAUGUGAACACUGACUAUACUGAUGAUGUGAAUGGUGGUGGUAAUUGUGAGGAUGUUAAACAUUCUGAUGAGAUAAACCAAAAGAAGAAUAAUCACAUUAAUAAACAUAAUGAUUCACAUGUAAAUAGUACUGAAGUGAUCGUUUCAAUGGGGAAGAAUCUUCUUACUACUGUCAAUAGUGUAGAAAGCCAAUCAGUAACUACUGUUCCCCUAGAUGGUACUACUUCAUCGAAACAGUCAACUUUUUCUACAGAAAGUUCAAAAUCUAGUCCAACUGAAUAUGAUACUUCAAAUGUUGUACAGAUUUCAUCGAAAGAGACAUCUAAUGAAACUUCGAUAUCAAGUACACAAAUUCCAUUUCCUUCAGUAGUACAAAGUUUUAUUACAAGUAGUACAAUGGCUUCAUCUUUGUCUACUGCAGCUACUACAGUUACAACUGUUACUACAUCGACCGCUGCUGUUCCAAUUGCAUUUGUUCCUCAACCAAUACCUAUGACUACACCAUCAUUUGUACUACCUCCAAUCCCUCCACCUGAAACAGUUAUACGUAUAGCUCAUGCUUAUGCGUGUAGAGCUACAGACUAUGUGAAAAAAUCAAAUGUAUUUCGUCUACGCACUAAAGAAGGAGCAGAAUUUCUGUUUGAAGUGAAUGAUACAAAAGAAGUGGAUAUUUGGAUUGAUCGAAUUAAUUUUGUUGCAGCACUUUUAUCAGCACCGCCUUUAGCCUCAGCUGUCAGUUCCGAGAAGAAUUUUCAUCGUCCUCAUUUACCUGCAACAUAUACAAAAUUGAAUAUGCGUGAACAACUUGAAGAACAUCAAAAACGUUUAUUAGAACUUGAUCAAGAAUUGACAGAUUUACGGUCUCGUUUACUGGCUACUACUGUAAACAAUAAAAAUCGUAAAAUUUCAACUACAUCACAUUCAUCUUUUGAUGAAACAACAAAAUUUCGCUUGAAUGACAAUUCUUCAACCUUGGAAACAAUGAAUUCUAACUGUUCUUCUAUUGUUGUUAAUAUGCCUAACGUUGUGACAGGUGUUAGCAGUACAUUAUCAUCAACAACUCCUGCUACCACUGCUAGCACUACUACUAUUACUACAUCUACCUCAGUAGUUUCUCAUUCAACCAAUGAAUCUACAAAAUUGAAUGAAACCACUACUUAUACAAACCCGUCAACAUCUAUCUCGGCUUCAUUAAAUCCAUUUAUAUCUGUCUUCUCUACAGGUAGUCUAGGUCGAAGAAGAAAAGCCAGUAAUGGUUCACUUAAUAGUGGAACAGGUACAAUCCAUGGAUCUGAUGGUAGUGGUGGUCUUAUUAUCAGUGCUAAACAACGAGCAGAAUAUGAAGAACGUAUUCAAUUCAUGGAAUCAGAGGUUCAACGGUACAAAACGUAUGCUCGUCUUCUGGAGACCGAAUUAUACAGAUUACAACAGUCAUCAUCUGUUGUUGCAGCGCAUGCAGCUGCUUUAGCCGCCGCAAAUUCUUUUGUCCCGUAUGUUGGUGGUUAUCUGAAUCCUCUUUGUAUGAAUCCAACUGGUAGUAGUGGAGGAUUACCGGCGAAUAUGAGUUUUCCUGUUUCUAUUUCACAGUCAUUACAACCACAACCCCCACCGCCGCCGCCGCCUCCACCACCACCAAUGUAUUUUGUUCCUGCUGGUGGAUUUCGUGAUCGUAAUGUUAACCGUGGAACAUCAGUUAUGACACAUUUAGCUGUAUUAGGUCCUCAAGAUGCUUUAAGUGAAGAACCAGUACAAACAAAUUUUACAACAUCUACUACUACUACUACUAAUACUACUACUAUCAGUAGUACUGCUGUCAAUUCAUUGAAUGAAAUUAACUCCAUUGAAACUAAUGUUACUUCAUGUAUGAAUAUUGUAAAUCCUAUAUCUGCUUAUCCGGUACAAUCUCAACUACUUUCAAUGAAUCCUAGAUAUCGAACAUUUAUAUCACCUUACUUUACUCCAUCACAAGUACCAUCAAUCAAUCCAUAUUCACCAUCUGUUAAUGGACGUUUUUACCAACAGUCUAGACGUAUACGAUAUCCUUCACAUUUGAAUAAUAUAAAUUAUCAACAACAAAUUAUCCAUAAUAAUAAUAAUAAUUCAAAUAAUAAUCGUUUAAAUGGUUUACACAAUGGAAAUCAACUAACUGAAGAAGACUGUCUCAAUGAUAAAUCAUUGACAGUAUCUUCUUCAAAUAAACCAUAUCUACUACUUCAAUGAUGAUAGGAUUAUCUGAUCAUAUAACUUCUUCAACGUCAUCAUCAUCAUCAUCAGUAUGUAAACUUGUGGAUGGUUCCAGUGUUACUGGUGUCACUUCAAUGAAUUGUUUAUCUUUAUCACGAAAUACUAAUACUACUACUAAUAAUAAUAACAAUAAUAGUAGUAUUAUGAAUGAGAAUAGUAGUAAACAAGUAAAACAGAAUUCUCAAUCUGUAUGUUCAUCAAAUGGUUUAUUUUAUGAAAUUGUAUAACCUCUAUUAUCUAAUGUUCUGCUUUCUUUUGUGGGUUUUUUUUAUUAUCAUCAUCGGUGUUGAUUGUGUAUUUUGUCUCUUUCGGCGAGUGUUUCAUCUUUGUUUGUGUUCUCUCUCUCUUCUAUAUUCUUUUUCACAUUGUUUUUAUCAUGCUUAAUAUCAAUUACUUAAUUGGCUUGAAAGUAGUAUCUCAUUGUUCAUAGUCUGGUUUUACUAUAACAUUAUUGAAAACUGUUAUAUUUAUCUAAUGUGACAUGCAUGUUGAUUACUUUUAUGAGUUCAAGAAGGACAAUUGAUUUAUGCUCAUUGUUUCUUCUAUUCUUCACUUUUAUCCUCUUCAAUUAUACUCGAUUUUAUGCCUUCGUGUGUGUGUGUGUGUGCGCGCAUGCUGCUUUUCUCUUUGUUGUUCGACUUUUCUACUCAGGUGUCGUUCAUUAUUAUUAUUUUUUUGUUAUCAUGAUUUUGGGCAUUAUGUUUAUGAGAUACACGUACGCCAGCGCACACACACACACACUGGUUCAAUGUGUUCAACAAAGCCUGAUUACUUUGUUUCAAUCUUCGGUUAUGAAGUGGGGGGAUAGCGCGCUAGAUCUGAAUUCUUGUUUUUCAACAGUAAAAAUUACAAUCUAUUUAUGUUCAAUUGUGCAUCCAUCUGUUUGUAUCUAUGUGUGUGUGUCUGUGUGUGUAUGUACGUACAUCAAUGUGUUCACAUUUGUCUUUGCAUUCAUCUAGUCAACUUGGUUGAAUAUUUUGGCUGCUUAGCUCGAUUCCUUUGAAAUUUCUCCUUUCCAUUGUUUAAAUAAUUUAUGUAAUAGUUUUCUUUCUCUUCUUUUUUUUUUGUUCAAUUCCAAUUUAGUGUUUGCAUUUUCGUUUUAUCUUCUUUUCUGUAUAAGUCAUAUAACAAAUUUGUGUAACAUCAUCAUCAGUAUUGUUGAAUGGUACUAGUCUACCCUUCCUCUUUCUCCCUGUCUUUUGUUUUAAUUCUCUGUAUAUUUAUUGAUUUAUUUAUUGGUUAAUUAGUCAAUGAAUAAAUUUUUUUUUCACUUAUUUUGUUGUAUUUGGGACCUGUCAACAUGAACUUCAUAUGUCUACUACUUAUUCUGCGUAUAUACUACUCAUAUACUUAUUUGUUGAAAGUCAAGUAGUAUGAAUAUAUACCAUAUAUUUGUCUGUAUAGUUGUAAAAGUUGUCAACAAAAAAAAAAUUCACUCUGAAAAUGUGUUAUCGAUUGAUUCUUUUUAUGUUCCUUUGGUUUCAAUUGGUUCUACAUACUCGUAUAUAUGAACAUGAAUAGUAAUGGUUUAUAGUAUUUUUCAUAAAGUACAAAACGAUACAAUAGCACAGAAUUGUUUUCUAUUUGAUGAUGAAUACUCUAUUAUCAUCUUGCUUUCCUAUUGGUUGGCUGAUAUUGUCUAAGUUGAUUACAUUUAUGUUAUUUACACCAUCUUCCUAUGCUAAAUAUUAUGUGUAUAUGAUGAAAUAAUCAACUAUUUGAAGGCUAAUGAUUGUAUCCACGAUUUUGAGCAAAUUAUCCGGUUGAUGAAACAAUCUUCCCUUCUUCCUUAUUCCUCAUUUCUCUAUCCAAUCUACAACAUACAUACACAAAUCUAUAUAAUUUCAAGUGUUUGUUUUCUUAUCAUUUCUAUAUUUUCUCAUGUUGUUCUUGAAGAAGAUUACGGCAUAGGCGUGUGCACGCAUCAAUACAUGAAUACAAAGAGUCUUUCUUCAAAAAAAAUAAUUGGAAUACAAGGUGAAUAUUCGAUUUCUUACCUCAUCUCCAUAACCAGUAAUAAUGUUAAUUACCGUUAUGAUUAUGAUUAUUAUUGAGUAAGAAGUGAAUCAAUUAUACAUAGAAAUAAGCAAUUAGUAACCUAAUAACAUUGUGUACUACUACCUAACCUUGAUCAAAGUGCCUGACAAUCAUCAUCAUCAUUUAGGUGUCUUAAUAAUCAAUAAUAAACAAGUUGAUUAGUAAUUGUGUCAAUUUGUGAUUUCUAAAUGAUGACUUUCUCAUCGAUCAGUUGGUUCCUUGUUCUCUCUCUCUCUCUCUCUCUCUCUCUCUCUCUCUCUCUCUCUCUCUCUCUCUGCCUCUCUGCCUCUCUUGUUUGCGUUUACAUUUUCGAUAUGAAAAAGAUUAUUUCCUAUCCUAUGACAAUGAUGACCAAAUAGGUGUAUGUAUACACAUGCAUAAUGCGCACAUCUAUCUAUUUGUCUACCUAUAGUUAAAUAUAUUCCGAUUAUCUCUAGGUUUCUAGUUGUAUUUCUCCUGUUCUACCUGAUGGGUUAACUUCCUGGUGAAUUCUUCGAUGUAUGUUUUAUUCACAUCAAUCAAGUUCUCUCCGCCUGCUUGUUUUGUUUGUUUUUGUUUUUUUGGUUCUCUAGUAAUACCUCUACUGAAAAUCCUUUAUGUAGUACAAAUGUGUUACAUUUAUUCUUUUCAAUAUAUAAUUAUUAUUUAUACAUAUGUGCGUAAUUCAGUGUAUCUACUGUGUAUUACAAAGUUAUCCUUAAUUGUGAAUAUAAAUAUAUGUAUGCAUAUUAUU